AUGUCACCUGCGCGAGGUUUUGUCCAGCGAGUGCUUACAUCUCCGGGCGUGGUUGAGGCUGGCCUUGGCACCCAUGGGAUGUCUUUCAGAUCUGACACUCUUUUUUGGCACAUAGGUUGGAAAAUUAUCAACCUGGCAAACGAAGUUUUUGGGUUCAACGGAUGGAGCACAAGCGUAAUCAAUCUGACUGCUGACUUCAUCGACUUUAAUGACGAGUCGAAGCGGUACAACGUCGGUGUAACGGCUGUCGUGCGUGUGACGCUGCGGGACGGGGUGUUCCAUGAAGACGUGGGCUACGGGCUACUGGAGAACUCCAAGAGUAAGGGCGCAGCGCUCGACAAGUGCAAGAAGGAAGCUGUGACGGACGCAGUGAAGCGUACGCUCCGCAACUUCGGCAACCUCCUAGGGAACUGUCUGUAUGACAAGUCAUACACGCAAGAGGUCAUCAAGAUCAAAGUCCCGCCACCGAAAUUUGAGAAAAGCGAGCUCCACCGCCGCCCCGAGUUCUCCGAGUCCAAACCAGAUAUCAGCAUGACCACCACGACCAGCACCAACAUACCCUCGGGCCUCAAUUCCGCCUCUACCUCUACUGUACCGAUCAAACCAGAACCACCCACAUUCACCCACCUCAAUGCGGUCUCCACCUCCGCACCCCAGCCGCGGCCAGUGCACAAUGCUGUCCCACCACAUAUGCGCGAUGUCUCGGGACCACCACCGGCUGCGAUGUCCACGCCGAAUGCAAGAGGGCCGGUGCCAGUGCGCUCGAUGAACACACCGGUGCAGACACCCUCCGGAGUAAUGCAAGGCCGACAGCAGCAGCAGCAGCAGCAGAAUCAGCAGAACCAGCGACCACAGCAACAGCACCAGCAGCACCAGCACCAGCACCAGCACCAGCACCAGCACCAGCACCAGCAGAACCAGCAAAACCAACGGCCACAGCAACAGCAACAGCAACAGCAGAAUCGCGCCACACCGCAGGAGCGCAAAGUGACAUUCGCCGUGCCCUCUGCUCCCGCUCCCGUCGCCGUUCCUGCACCACUACCCCAGCCUCCGGCGCCGGCACCAGCGCCAGAACCCGCGGAGGCACAGGUCCUCGACGACGAUGACUCCUUCCGGUUCGACUCCGACGACGACGCGAUACUCGCCACGAUAGACCUCGGGGAGGGCUUGGGCCGACCGAUCGACUUUGAGGGGUCGAGCGGUGGCCCAUCGAGCGAGACGAAAGUACAGCGGCAGCAACCUCCCGCUCCAAUCCAUCCACUGCAGCAGCAACAGCGACCGCCAGCACCCGCACCGCCGCAGCAGCAGGAGCAGAAGCAGCAGCCACCACAAGCACCUACUCCACAACAGCAGACCAAAGCGCCGCCACAACGCGCCUCAGCGCCGAUGGCUAAGCCACAGCAGCAAAUGAGUGCGAAGUUACACACAAACCAGAACACACCUCCACAACAUCCAGUACCCAGCUCGACGCCUGUUACGAGCGGAUGCCUUCCGGGAAGCUUCCACUUUCCGCCCGGCGUGAAUCCACAGAACAUCAGGUCAGGCACUCCACUACCGUCCGCGUCUCGGCCACAGCAGGCAACAUCAAUUAGCAGCAUCGGUCUGAAACGUUCCGCCGACGUCAUGCGAGCACAAUCUGCUGCAUCCAUGCGAAGGCCUGCGCAAGGAAUGGGGCUGGCACCACCUCCUGGUAGCAGCGGAUGGUCGGCACAGGGCGCGGACUCAAAGAGGGAACCACUCGCUGCUCUCGAACUUGGUGAGGGCGGUGAUGUGAAGAGGGUGAGACGAUGA